UUGUGUUUUUCUCUUCUAGGAGUCGACGACACUCACAAGUUCCUGGGAAAUGAAACACACACGGAUUAUUUCAGAUUAUUGUUAAGAGAUGGGAAUUAUUUACUUGUUGGAGGAAGAAAUGUAGUGUAUAACCUCAGUCUGACGGAUCUGACAGAACAAAGAAGGUUGGUGUGGUAUUCAUCGGAAACGGACGUUCAAAUGUGCGUCGUCAAAGGAAAAGAUGAGGAGAGCUGCCAGAACUACAUUCGAGUCCUGGUGUCUCUUGGUACCGGGAGACUCCUGGUAUGUGGUACGAACAGCUUCAGGCCGUUCUGCAGGGAGUACAGUGUUCAACGCGACUCCUACCACAUGGAGAAGGAGAAAUCUGGUCAAGCUGUCUGUCCAUACGAUCCCGAGCAUAACUCCACCGCUGUUUACGCAGAUGCGGAAUUAUACUCUGGAACGGUGGCGGAUUUCAGUGGCAUGGAGCCAAUUAUCUACAGGGAACCGUUACAAACAGAGCCCUACGACUCUAUGACGUUAAAUGCACCAGAUUUCGUGAAUUCAUUGGUUCACGGUAAUUUCGUGUAUUUCUUCUUCCGUGAGACCGCUGUCGAGUACAUCAACUGUGGGAAGGCGGUAUUCUCUCGAGUGGCGAGAGUUUGUCGAGACGAUCGCGGCGGUCCUCAUAGAUUCAAACAAAGAUGGACCUCAUUUCUAAAGUCGAGACUCAACUGUUCUGUGGCCGGGGACUUCCCCUUUUACUUCAAUGAGAUACAAUCGACCACGGAGUUAAUAGAAGGUGUAUACGGUGGACUAAAUGCUCAACUAAUAUAUGGAACAUUCACAACUCCACCGAACAGUAUAUCAGGGAGUGCUGUCUGCGCGUUCAGUAUGCAAGAUAUAGCUGACACAUUCGAGGGUACCUUCAAAGAACAGAGUGCUAUUAAUUCUAAUUGGCUUCCUGUUAACAGCGCUAAGGUGCCGGAACCCCGACCGGGUACGUGUCACAACGACUCCAGACAACUUCCGGACCAGACGUUGAACUUCAUCAAAACUCACGCCCUGAUGGACGAAUCAGUGCCAGCCUUCUUCGGGGAGCCAAUCGUUAUAAGAACUAGCUUUCACUAUCGAUUCACUCAAAUCGCUGUCGAUCCACAAGUGAAGACUCCAGGUGGGAAGGCGUACGACGUGUUGUUCAUUGGAACUGAUAACGGCAAGAUCAUAAAAGCUAUCAACGCUGUGUCAUACGACUCUAACAAGAGGGCGGUGCCGGUCGUUGUAGAGGAGCUCCAGGCCUUCGCUGCCGGCUCUCCCGUACGAGCUCUACGUGUGGCUCGAGCCGGUAGAGACGCCGCCAGACUGAUAGCUGUCUCUGAUAGAGAAGUCCUAAGUUUAAGGCUACAUAGAUGCUCCAGUGACAAGAUCAGUUCUUGCUCUGAAUGCGUGGCGCUUCAAGACCCAUACUGCGCGUGGGACAAGCAGGCUGGUAGAUGUCGCUCAUACUCACACGGAGUCAGUAGAUGGUUGGAUGAAAACUCUUUCUACCAGAGUGUUAGCACUGGGAGCCACGCUGCAUGCCCACACAGUAAAGACGCAGGCGCUGUUGGCGGACUCAGUUCAGGUCUAUACGACCCACCCGGGGAGAACAAGGGUGAAGUCAUCAACAUAGUGCAGGAUAAAGACGGAAAGAAUGGAAACAAUAAUAAUGAGGGACCAGAAGUCUUAGCAGCUGACCCUCCACCAGCAGCCUAUUCAGUAGAGACUCUAGCGUUGGCCGUCGCCGCGGGGGCUCUCGCUGCACUGGGCGCUGGCUUCGCUGCUGGCUACAUCUGUGGUAGAAGAUGCAAGAAGGAUGACGACGAUAACAUGCCCUACCCUGAUACUGAGUAUGAAUACUUCGAGCAACGGCAGAAUAUUAACAGGAUCCAAGCGGAACCGAAGCUGCUCCAACAGGUUGAGGAAGUGACGUACGCGGAACCAGUCCUCGCGCCGCAGCCCAAGCCCGCGUCACCCCGCGCCACCCUCAGAAAGCACCCUCCCUACCACCCUCACCACGAGACACUGUUCCAGUUCCAACCUGACGCCUACCGUCGGGAUAACUUCGGAACCCUACGCUCUCAUCAGGUCAAUGGCGAUGGCUACCGUCGCGGUAACGACAACGGGUUCUCGACCACGCGCUCAGUGAAGAAGGUGUACCUCUGA